GGCAGCGCUCCCGCGGCGUGUGCAUGGAUGGCCCUGCGCGGCCCGCGAUGGCUGCGCGCUGAUGGCCCAGCCCGCCCCGCUCGCCAUGGCUGCCAGAGACGAGCUCUACAGCAAAGUCAUCCCCCGGCGGAACCGCCAGCACCGCGCCGGGACCAUCAAACACGGCUCCUCGCUCGAGAUCCUGCUCUCCAUGGGCUUCCCGAAAGCACGGGCACAAAAAGCACUGGCAUCGACAGGUGGAAGAAGUGUUCAAGCAGCAUGCGACUGGCUCUUCUCCCACGUGGGUGACCCGUUCCUGGACGACCCCCUGCCCCGGGAGUACGUCCUGUACCUGCGCCCCACGGGCCCCCUGGCUCAGAAGCUCUCAGACUUCUGGCAGCAGUCGAAGCAGAUCUGUGGGAAGAACAAAGCUCACAACAUUUUCCCACACAUCACCCUGUGCCAGUUCUUCAUGUGUGAGGACAGCAAGGUGGAUGCUCUCACAGAGGCCCUGCAGGCCACCGUGAUGCGCUGGAGAUGCAAAUUCCCCGCCCCCCUGCCCCUGGAGCUCUACACAUCCUCCAACUUCAUCGGCCUCUUUGUCAAGGAGGAGAGUGCUGAGGUGCUCAAGAAGUUUGCUGCAGACUUUGCCGCAGAGGCGGCUUCUAAAGCAGAUGUCCACGUGGAGCCCCACAAGAAGCAGCUCCACGUGACACUGGCCUAUCACUUCCAGAGCAGCCACCUGCCCACGCUGGAGAAGCUGGCCCAGAACAUUGAUGUCAAGCUGGGCUGUGACUGGGUGGCCGCGAUCUUCUCCCGAGACAUUCGCUUUGUUAACCACGAGACUCUGCAAGUGAUCUACCCCUACACCCCCCAGAACGACGAUGAGCUGGAGCUGGUGCCGGGGGAUUUCAUCUUCAUGUCCCCGGUGGAACAAACCAGCACCAGCGAGGGCUGGAUUUACGGCAUCUCCCUCGCAACCGGCUGCUCGGGGCUGCUGCCCGAGAAUUACAUCACCAAGGCGGAUGAAUGCGGCACCUGGGUGUUCCACGGGUCCUACUCGAUUCUGAAUACCACAUCCUCCCCAUCCCUUCAAGGCUUCAUGGAUGGAGCUCUGGAGAGAAGACAGCAGGAGGACCAAGGACCUGGGGAUGCAGGGCCACUCACCAUCAUCUGCCAGAACGUGCAGCCCCUGAGGAUAACCAGCCAGCCAGGGCCUCAGAAACGCUGCCUGUUUGUCUGCAGGCACGGGGAAAGGAUGGAUGUGGUUUUUGGGAAGUACUGGUUGUCCCAGUGUUUUGAUGCCAAAGGAAGGUACAUGCGCAGUAACCUGAAUAUGCCUCACAAUUUACCUCAGAGAAGUGGUGGAUUCAGGGAUUACGAGAAGGACGCUCCCAUCACCGUGCUGGGCUGCACACAGGCAAGGCUGGUUGGUGAAGCCUUGCUAGAAACCAACACCAUUGUAGACUACAUCUACAGCUCCCCAUCCCUGAGGUGUGUACAGACAGCACACAACAUCCUGAAAGGUAUGCAACAGGAGAACAACCUGAAAAUCCGAAUAGAGCCAGGCUUGUUCGAGUGGACCAAGUGGGUCUCUGGGAACACACUACCUGCCUGGAUCCCCCCUGUGGAUUUAGCUGCAGCUACUCUAAGCGUUGAUACAACCUACAGACCUCAUAUUCCUGUCAGCAAGUUGGUGGUUUCUGAAUCUUAUGACACCUACAUAAGCAGAAGCUACCAAGUAACAAAGGAGAUCAUCAGUGAAUGUAAAGGCAAAGGAAAUAACAUCCUGAUAGUGGCCCAUGCAUCCUCCCUGGAGGCCUGUACCUGCCAGCUCCAAGGGCUGUCCCCACAGAACUCCAAGGACUUCGUGCAGAUGGUCCGAAAGAUUCCGUACUUGGGGUUUUGUUCCUGCGAAGAACUGGGAGACACGGGAGUUUGGCAGCUCACAGACCCCCCCAUCCUCCCUCUCACACAUGGACCCACUGGAGGCUUUAACUGGAGGGAAACCUUACUACAGGAGUAGGCAAAGCCACCCCAGCCAGGAGAACCCAACCCACAGCCUUUGGAAGCGUUAGAGAAUGUCUCUUCUCUCUUGUGUUUCACUGACAGUGGAAAAACAGUCAUACCAUGUCCAGGGGGGUCACACAAAGCAGCUGUUCUGGUGUUACCUCACACAGCCACAGCCAUGCAAAGAGUCUCAUCCACAACUAGAAUACAAAAAAGGGGACUGAUUGGAGGGAAAAAAAAAAAAAAGGUAUUAAAAUACAGGUUGGAAGGUCUUGCACAGCCCCAGAGCCUGUGCUGAGCCGUUCUCCCACCUGGCAGGGAGCUCUGGGGACACUUUCACUGCCAUCUGCACCCCGUUAGGAACACGUAGCACUGUGUCAGUGGAGUAUUCAGGAUGCUGGGGCUGGGUUGGUUUUUUUUUUCCACUGCUGUUUUUGCAGAGCAUUAGCAGGCUUGUCCAGCACCACGUGUGAGCCCCCCCCCCCAAAUUCUCAGCACCUUUUUCCACCACCACCAGCUGCAAAGGAGGGUCCAGCACCAGGUUGUUCCUCUCCUCUGUCUGAGCACUGUGGUGGGGGUUGUGCUGGAUGCAGAGACUGAUGGAUGUUGAUCUGCACUGCAGGACAAUCCCAAAUUUCCCAUCAGUUAUGGAUGAAUUUUGAGCAUCAAAAGUUGUUGUGAACAAAGACUGGGAGCAGCUUCUUUUAAGUGGAGAUAAAAUAAGCCUAUUUCAACCCAACCUGGAGGGCUUAGAAAGUUCAGGGUUGGGUGGUUUUUUUCCCUUUACUUUGGUCAUUGAAAUCCACCCUUGUGCACAGACACAGCCUAAAGCAUUUGUGCCAUUUCAGUUCCCUUCAGAAAAGGCUUUUCCCCUUUUAUACUGAGAUUUUGUGCUGCUCAUUUACACAGGGGUGGCUUUCUGUCGCUUGGGAGAUGAUGUUUUUUUUUUUUGUCAGCCCUGGUGAGAUUCUGCAGUAAGCAGCUUUCUCCAGGAGGUCAUGAUGGACUCAAAAAGAUGCUGGAAUUCAGUGCUUUGCUUCCUCAUCCUUAAUUUCCAAGUGCCAUGUGUCAUAAACACAAAGCAGCUG